CGCCCCGCCGCCGGGAGGUGGGGUUGCAGCGGGCCCGGCCGGAAGCUCGGCCCGGCCGCUCGCUCGCAGGGGGCGCCGGCCGCCGCUGGCCGCUCCGCGCCGCGAGGAAAUACCUUUGGCGGGGCGGGGUAGAGAAGAGUCGAAUUUCAAGAAAAAAAAAAAAGCAAGAAAAAAGCCAGAGCCCCACAGCCCGGGCGGGCGCGCGCGAUGGGCGCCCCUCGGCCGCGGGGGCGAGAGGAGGAUGCUGGGAAGGAGGCAAAAUGGCCACCGGCGGCGGCGCGGAGGAGGAGAGGAAGCGGGGGCGGCCGCAGCUCCUGCCCCCCGCGCGCUCGGCGGCCCGCGCCGAGGAGGCUGAGGGCGCCCGCGAGAAGAUGGGCUGGGCCCAGGUGGUGAAGAACCUGGCCGAGAAGAAGGGCGAGUUCCGCGAGUCGCGGCAGCCGCGGCGGGAGGAGGAAGGCGGCGGCGGCGCGGGGGGCGGACUCGGGGUCCCCGCGGGCCUGGCGGCGCCGGGCCUCGGCGACUUUCCCCCGGCCGGCCGCGGGGACCCAAAGGGCCGCCGGCGAGACCCGGCCGGCGAGGCGGCAGACCCCCGCAAGAAGAAGGGCGCGGCCGAGGCGGGCCGGAGGAAGAAGGCCGAGGCGGCGGCGGCGGCGGCCAUGGCGGUCCCGGCCCGGCCCAGCGCGGCCGAGGACGCGGCCGAGCGGCCCCCUGCGGACGAGCCCGCGGCGGCGGCGGCCCCGGGCAAGGGCCGCUUCCUCGUGCGCAUCUGUUUCCAGGGCGACGAGGGCGCCUGCCCGACGCGGGACUUCGUGGUGGGCGCGCUCAUCCUGCGCUCCAUCGGCAUGGACCCGAGCGACAUCUACGCGGUCAUCCAGAUCCCGGGCAGCCGCGAGUUCGACGUGAGCUUCCGCUCGGCGGAGAAGCUGGCCCUGUUCCUGCGCAUCUACGAGGAGAAGCGCGAGCAGGAGGACUGCUGGGAGAACUUUGUGGUGCUAGGGCGGAGCAAGUCCAGCUUGAAGACGCUCUUCAUCCUCUUCCGGAACGAGACGGUGGACGUGGAGGACAUCGUGACCUGGCUCAAGCGCCACUGCGAUGUGCUGGCUGUGCCCGUGAAAGUGACCGACAGGUUUGGGAUCUGGACCGGGGAGUACAAGUGCGAGAUCGAGCUGCGCCAGGGGGAGGGCGGGGUCCGGCACCUGCCGGGGGCCUUCUUCCUGGGCGCCGAGCGGGGCUACAGCUGGUACAAGGGGCAGCCCAAGACGUGCUUUAAAUGUGGUUCCCGGACCCACAUGAGUGGCAGCUGCACGCAGGACAGGUGCUUCAGGUGCGGGGAGGAGGGGCACCUGAGCCCUUACUGCCGGAAGGGCAUCGUGUGCAACCUCUGUGGCAAGCGAGGACACGCCUUUGCCCAGUGUCCCAAAGCGGUUCACAAUUCCGUGGCAGCUCAGCUAACCGGCGUGGCCGGGCACUGAACAACCCGCCUGCCCGCCAGGGUGAACACAGAGCCAGCUUACCCCUCUGAAGUGCCAAAACUUUUUUUGAAACCCUUUUUUAUCGUUUUUGAAGGAGAUCUUUUUAAACCUACAAAGGACAUCUCUCUCUGCCUUCUUAAACCGAGUUUACUCCAUUUCAGCCUUUUCUCAAUUGGUGACUCUGUCAUCAAUAAGGACUACCAAGAACUGUAGUGUGCAGAUAUGUCGUCCCUCCUUUUUUAAUAUUUUGUUUUUGUAUUUGGGGUAUUUUUUUUUUUUUUUUUUUUUUUUUGGUAAUUUUUACUCCCCACGCCUUGUCUUCUCCCCGGAUGAUCACCCUUUGGGCUGCCUUGCUCGUCGUCAUGCCCCAGCGCUAGGUUGGGGCCCAGCACGUGGUAGGCACUCGAUCAGUGUUGUUGAAUUGAGGAUGUUGCUGCCUGUGGCUUCUGUCAGGGUGUCUAUCUUUUGCAGCUCUUCCCUUCCCCUUUUAAUUUGCUGCUUCUAAUCUAUGUGGUCUGAGAAUUUGUGAAACCAGUGUUGUUAGAAGUGUAUGUAAUCUGAGUCAAUAAGCUCUGAAUGGUGGCCAAGGGCCUCUCUUAUGGCAUUCAAAUGCAUGGACUUUGUGAUAGCUCUUUCAGUGGCUCAGAAGCCAUUUUUCAGAGAAUCACGGAAUUUAGAAUUUUCCUGCUGGAAAUGACCUAAAAGUUGGUUUAGACCAAUCCCCUGGUUUUCCAGCCGAUGAAACAGGCCCAGAGAGGUUAAAUGACUGGGUCAAAAUCACAUGGCUGUCUGGUGCCAGAGCUAGCCUAGAGUAGAGUUCCCUGACCCCAAGCCCGGUGCUCAUUCCACUACCUCUCACACUUCACAACAUACUCCUCAACACUUGAGGGCCCAGAAAGUCUGAUCUCUCCAGAAUAAUGAGCCUAGAGGAAUGCCAAGAAGUCAUCUGAAGGAGGAAGCAGAAAAAGAAGAUUUAGCAGGGGCUUCUGAAUACUUGGGAGAUAGAGAAGGGACAAAGGAAGGUAAUGCAGGGUGCACUUGUUGCUCCCUGGGGUAUCGUAUGUGGAUUGAAGCGUGCCAGCUCCUUUGGGCCCUCCCCUUCCCCUUUCAUUGCCACCAGUGAGAAAUGGGGGUGCUCCUGAGUAGGGAAACCUACCAGAGGUUUGCAUUUGCGCCUUAGCCUCAGUAGCUAGAAACCCCAGAGAAGCAGCUAAGUGGAGCUCAUCUGCGAUCUCCUACCUCUCCAGAGAAGGCAAUUUUAACCCGGAAUUAUGAGUGAGCUGUUAGCUCUAAAAUGUACUUGCGAAAUAGGCCAAGCGAGAGGGCAUUGGGUCAACUAAGUGUUAUCAAGUUAAAGUAGAAAAGACAGUACACUGCUUUUCUUUUAGUUUUUGUCUUUGCUUUAUGUUUUGCUAUUUCCUUGUGGCUUAGAAUGUAAAACCGAUUGUUAAAAGUUUUGUUCUGAAUAAAUAUUUAUCUUUUGUAUUGCUAA